AUGACCACCGCCAUCUCCUCCUCCGCUUCGUCCUCCCGUCUUCAGGCCUCGUCCUCCAAUCUCUCACAUCAGGGUCAGGGACAGAAUCCAAUAUCUCUACGGCUAUACAAGGUCCUCGGCGCGAACUUCGACGAUGAGGCGACCCGCGAGGCUCUCAAUACCCUUGCGGAACUCUAUGCGCCGCCUUCUGCUCCUCACACUGGUGUAGGCAAGGGGAAGGAUGUGACGCGCGACCUCGACGCGGAUAAAGAUGCGGAUGAAGAGUACGAGCUGAACGGGCUGAAGCCUACCGGGUUAGCUGCCCCCGCCGGUGUGGAGGAGGCUGCUGCGGGGGAUAUAGCGGCGCGAGCGAGGAAGAACCUACGGCGUGAUGUGGAGAGUAAACUCGCAGAGUCCAGCAAACAAUUCCUCAAAGCAUUCGGGGAGGUGGACAAACAAUUAGAUACCCUGCAGGAGCACAUCGGGCUCAUGCGCGUCCGGUGUGACGAGUCGCAGUCGCAGCUCUUCGAGACGAAUGAGGCAUGCAAAUCCUUGCUUGACCGCGCCGGCAGCCUUCGUGAGGAGCGGUGCGCUCCUUGCAUCUCCACCCGUCAAUCUAUCAUAUCCGCAUUCCUCUCCCGAUUCACCCUGUCCCCCUCCGAGAAAGACGCGAUUGCCUCGCGAGAUGUUCCUCUGGGCACGACCUUCUUCGCUGCGAUGGACAAGGCAGCACGCAUACAGGCCGACUGCCGUGUACUUCUUACCGCUUCCCUCACUCUGCCUGCGCCAGCUCCGAACCCUGGAGAUGACGAUGAUGAAGACGAAGAGGAUAGAGCGACCAAAGCGGGACGAGACAUUCUGGCCGCAACGGCUGGCCAGCUUGAGCAGGCGUACGACAAGAUUUUCCGGUGGUGCUGCUUCGAGUUCAGGCAGAUGGGCCGAGACGCCAGUCUGGAGGUGACCCCAACAAUGUGCGAAGCCGUCAAGCGGCUACGAGAGCGGUCCGAGCUGCUCAUGGAGGCGCUAACGUAUCUCUCCCAAACACGCCAAGCAACACUCCUCUCCACCUUCAUGGACGCGCUCACCCGCGGCGGCCCCGGGGGCCUCCCGCGCCCGAUCGAGUUGCACGCGCACGACCCGCUGCGGUACGUCGGCGACAUGCUCGCGUGGGUGCACCAGGCGAUCGCGGCGGAGCGCGAGUUCCUCGAGGGCCUGUUCGGGGUGCGCGACGCGCGGCGCAUGGUCGGCGCCGUGCGCGCGUUCGGCGCGAGCGAGGAGGAGGGCUGGAUCGCGGAGAUGAUGGACGGCGCCGUGCGCGGGCUGUGCGGGCCGCUGCGGGUGCGUGUACAGCAGACGGUGCGCUCGCAGGAGAGCAGCAUCACGUCGUACAAGAUCGCGAACCUGGUGCAGUUCUACAUGGUGACGAUGCACCGGACGAUCGGGAAGGAGGCGUUGUUGAGCAAGACGCUUGAAGAGUUGACUGAAUUGGCCUACUCUGUGUUUUCUGGGGCUAUCGAGACUCAAGGCCGUUCUCUGUUGCGCGUAUCCCUGGAUCUGGACGAUACAGGGGUGUCCCCGCCCUUGGCCAUCCUCGAUCAUGCGCAAGUGCUGCGCGAAAUGAUGAUCGUAUACGAGUCGUCAUUGCUCGGAAACGAGGACGAGGAAGAGCUCCAGGCCGGCUUCCGGGACAUCCUGGACAAGAUGGUCGACCCGGCGCUGGAGUUGACGCUGACGCAGGCGGACGAGAAGAAGCGGCAGCGGCCGGCGUGGGACAAGGCCGUGUUCGUGCUGAACACUCUGGCGUAUCUGCAGAGCGUGUUGGAGCCGUAUGCGUUCACGACUGAGAAACAGGGUGUCGUGCAAGGCCUGGCCGACGCGAAGGUGCUUCAGCUGAUCGAGGAACAUUACCAAGACGUGCUCAAGGAUGCAGGGCUGGCAGAGGUAGCGGCAGCGUGCGAGGGCCGCCGCCCCAACGAACCCCUGUCGCAUGUACCAGCGGCCGAGCCGGCAGCGUUGCAAGGGGCGCUGCACCGAUUCUCAGAGUGGUUAAGCGGGCUCGAGGUCGUGCAGUCGAAGCGGCUGGGCCUGCUGACGGUGCAGAGCGUGGCGGCGCGGGUGCACCAGGCAGCACUGGAGCGUGUGGCGGAGACGUACGAGCGGGUGUGCGACGAGGUGAAGCGGCCGGAGAACAAGUACGAGGCAGGGGCGACGCUGCUGGGAAGCGAGCGGCCGUUUGGGCAGGUACGGCUAUUGUGGCAGAUCUUUGGGUUGCAGGAACGUCUGUAG